AUGAAAGAUUGGAAGUCAAAGAUGGAAAUUUCUGAAGAAAAAGAUUCAGCAAGGGCUGUAUCAGAAAGACUUCAAAGACAGAUCUCCCAGGAAUGUGGGUUAGUUGAAACCAGUGAUCCUGAGGACAGGUUACUGAGGUACUGGGCAAGCCCCUUAGAGGAUGCAGUGGGACAUCCCCCUUCCCAAGAGAGAGGUAUCAGGGAAGUGAAUCUGAUCCCCAAGAAAGCAGGAGAGAGAGGCCAUGGACAUAAGGAAAGAAAAAUACUUUCUGCAGGAGAAACAUCCCACAGAUAUGAAGUCUGUGACCAGAGCUUCAAACAGAAGUCAGAAGUAAUUGAACAUCAGAAAAUUGAUAAUAUAAAGAAAACUUAUGCAUGUAAGGAAUGUGGAAAAACUUUCAAUCGGAGCUCAAACCUGAUUAUACAUCAGAGAAUUCAUACAGGAAAGAAACCAUAUGUGUGUUGUGAAUGUGGAAAAGACUUUAAUCAAAGUUCAAAUCUUAUUAUACAUCAGAGAAUUCAUACAGGAAAGAAACCUUAUAUAUGUCAUGAAUGUGGAAAAGACUUCAAUCAGAGCUCUAACCUGAUUCGACAUAAGAGAAUUCAUAACAAUGAGAAUCCCUAUGAAUGUAAAGAGUGUGGAAAGGCCUUCAAGGGAAGCUCAAACCUUGUCCUGCACCAGAGAAUUCACAGUGGAGGGAAGCCCUAUGUAUGUAAUGAAUGUGGGAAGGCCUUCAAUCAGAGCUCAGAUCUUAUUAUCCAUCACAGAAUUCACACUGGAGAGAAACCCUAUGAAUGUUAUGAGUGUGGACAAACCUUCAGUCAAAGUUCACACCUUGUCACACAUCAGAGAAUUCAUACUGGAGAGAAACCCUUCAAGUGCAACAACUGUGAAAUGGCCUUCAGGCAGCGUUCACACCUCACUGAACAUCAGAGACUUCACAGCGGAGAGAGACCCCAUGAAUGUCACGAAUGUGGGAAAUCCUUCAGUGGGCGCACAGCCUUUCUUAAACAUCAGAGACUACAUACUGGAAAGGAACUUGAAUGUGAAAAAGCCUGCACUUCUGACUUAGAUCUUAUCCAACAACAGAGAAUUCACAGGGAAGAAAAACCUUAUGAAUGUACUGAGUGUGGAAAAACUUUCCGGGGAAGUUCAGAUCUAAUUCGGCAUUGGAUAACUCACACUGGAGAGAAACCCUAUGAAUGUAGUGAAUGUGGGAAAGCCUUUAGCCAGAGGUCACACCUUGUUACACAUCAGAAAAUUCACACUGGAGAGAAACCCUAUCAGUGCAAUGAAUGUGGGAAAGCCUUCCGGCAGCGUUCACUCCUUAUCCAGCAUCACAGAAUCCACAGUGGUGAGAAACCCUAUGAAUGUAAGGAAUGCGGAAAAGCCUUCAUCUGGCGCACAGCUUUUCUCAAACAUCAGAGACUUCACGCUGGAGAGAAACUUGAGGAAGGUAAGAAAACAUUCAACAAGAAAGAACUGCUUAGAGAAGAGCAGAGAAUUUGCCAAGAAGAGAAAGCUUAUCAGUGCAAUCUGUGUGGUAGAACUUUCCGAGGCAGCUCAGACCUCAUCCGACAUCAGGUAACUCAUUCAGGAGAGAAACCCUAUGAAUGUAAAGACUGUGGGAAAACUUUCAAUCAGAGCUCAGAUCUUGUGAGACAUCACAGAAUUCAUAGUGGAGAAAAACCUUAUAUGUGCAAUAAAUGUGGGAAAUCUUUCAGGGGCAGCUCAGAUCUCAUUAAACACCACCACGUUCAUACUGGAGAGAAACCCUAUGAAUGCCCUGAAUGUGGGAAGGCCUUCAGUCAGAACUCACACCUUGUUGGUCACCAGAGAAUUCACACUGGAGAGAAACCCUUUGAAUGUAGCAACUGUGGGAAGGCCUUCAGUGGGCGCACAGCUCUUCUUAAACAUCAGAAACUUCAUAGUGGAGAAAAGCCCUAUGAAUGUAAUGAAUGUGGAAAAGCCUUCAGAUGCAGCUCAGACCUUGUUAGGCAUCAGAAAAUUCACACUAGAGAGAAAUGCAGUGAUUGUGGGAAAACUUUCAACCAGAGCUCAAACCUCAUUCAGCAUCAGAGAAUUCAUACUGGAGAGAAACCCUACGAAUGUUGUGUGUGUGGGAAGUCCUUCAGGUGGAGUGCUCAUCUUGUUCAACAUCAGAGGAUUCAUUCAGGGGAGAAGCCCUACGAGUGUAAUGAGUGUGGAAAGGCCUUCAGUCAAAGCUCAUAUCUAAGUCAGCAUCUGAGAAUCCACAGUGGAGAGAAACCUUUCAUAUGUAAAGAAUGUGGGAAAGCCUACAGAUGGAGUUCAGAGCUAAUUAGACAUCAGAGAGUUCAUGGCAGAAAAGAGCCUUCCCAGUGGACUGAGGGUGAGAAAGUCUCCAGACAGAAUUGUACUUUUGUCUAAUCAGUUUUAGGACCAGAUUCCAUAAAAGUUAUA